CUGGGCAGGGAGACUGAGCCGGCACCCUUGCGCGCGCUUCCGGCCCCGAGGAGGCAGGCGCUCCAGAGGAAGUCGAGCAAAGCAAAGGAGAAGAAGCAGAAGCGGUUGGAGGAGCGAGCAGCCAUGGAUGCCGUCUGUGCCAAAGUGGAAGCCGCCAACAGGCUUGGAGACCCCCUAGAGGCUUUCCCAGCGUUUAAGAAAUAUGAUCGAAAUGGGUUAAAUGUUUCCAUUGAAUGUAAGCGAGUAUCCGGGCUGGAGCCGGCCACUGUGGACUGGGCCUUCGACCUGACCAAAACCAACAUGCAGUCUAUGUAUGAGCAAAGCGAGUGGGGCUGGAAGGAUCGAGAGAAACGGGAGGAAAUGACCGAUGACCGAGCCUGGUACCUCAUUGCUUGGGAAAGCAGUUCCAUCCCUGUUGCCUUUUCUCACUUCCGGUUUGAUGUGGAAUGCGGGGAUGAAGUCCUGUACUGCUACGAGGUGCAAUUGGAGAGCAAGGUGCGGCGGAAAGGCCUGGGGAAGUUCCUCAUUCAGAUACUGCAGCUCAUGGCCAACAGCACACAGAUGAAGAAAGUUAUGUUGACAGUAUUUAAGCACAAUCAUGGCGCCUACCAGUUCUUCAGAGAAGCACUGCAAUUUGAGAUUGAUGACUCUUCCCCCAGCAUGUCUGGGUGCUGCGGUGAGGACUGCUCCUACGAGAUCCUGAGCCGCAGGACCAAGUUUGGGGACAGCCAGCACUCCCACGCGGGCGGGCACUGUGGCGGCUGCUGCCACUGAGCUCCCCGGCCAGACCGCUCUCCUCAGGCCUGCCCUCUGCCCCAGCUCACCCUCAGAUGCCUCAGGUGCCCUCAGAGCUGUGGCGCCGCAGCCCUACAGCAGCAGGCUGCACCCUGAGUGCACAGGAGCCUGGGGAGGAGAGGUCUGAGCACCCGACCCUCUCCUGGAAGAGCUGCCUCAGCAGAUACUGAAGCAGGCGCCGCAGGCUGCCGUGAAGCACUGCGGCGCUUGGCUCCUGCCCUCAGGCGUAAGGUUCCCUGACUUGUGUGAGCUGACAGCACCCCACAUCCUUGGAUAAAUGGAGUAUUUAUACCCUCCUUUAGGAGAGUCCUGCAGACCUAGGUCUGGGGUCUGACUGCUCCCCAGAGAGAGGCCUGGACUCAGUGUAAGAUCUGGACACUCAGACCACAUCUUCGUGGAUGGAGGAUCUGAUAGAGACUGGAAAGUGGGGUGCUCUUUCUGUCUGUGCUUCUAUGGACCCACAGUAGGCUGAGGGGCCCAGGGGGCAGCCUGCUCUAGAGGAAGGCUGCUCCCGCCCUGGCUGGCAGCUCAGGGCUGGGGACCCGAACCAGUGUCGCGGGGCUACCUGCUUCUCGGGGCUUUUGGACUCUGCUGCAUCUCAGCUUAACCUCUUGAUCUCCUGGCAGUGACUUGAGUCAGAAGCCAGCGGUCCUGCCUAUUCCUCUCCCACUUUUGCCCUGCCCCAGCCCCAUCCCAGAUACCGCCAUUCCUGCUCUCAAGGGGGGAAUAACAUCAGGGAGCCCCUUGUCUUCCCCCAGAAGGAGCCCCUGGCAUAUUUUAUGCCGUUUCCUCGCCUAUCUUGGUGCUGAUAGCUCUCUGAAGAUGGGACACCCUUUCCUCUGCAGAGGCCCAGCCAGCAGCAGGCCCCACUGCCUGCGCCCCCCCCCCCCAGCCUCACUGCCUCAAUGAGGCACUAGUGCCACUGCCCUACAGCAGCCCAGGCUGCAGCAGGACGCCCCUUGGUGCCCCCACAGCUGCUUUUCUCUCCAGUGGCGCCAAUGGCAGCAGGCUGGGGCGCAGGCAGGCCUGCGUGGGAUCGAGGCCAUGGGCUCAGCACAAACUCGCCUGAUCUCUAGGCCUUAUUCCCCUUCCAGGGAAGAAAAUGACCAAAUCCUUGCCCAGGAAAAAGCACCUCACGCCUCCCUCCGACUUAAGCUCUGCUUCAGGGCUCGGCAGGGUCUAGCCUUUGUGCAGUUGCUCUCAGAGCUCCGAGGGGCCCGUCGGACCUGCUCCUGCUCCUGCUCCUAUCUGCCCUCUGCCCCAACUCAGGGGUCUGUGCUGGUGGGGCCCCCAGAGCUGUUUGCUUUUGACCCACUCCUGCGCUGCAGGGCCUCUGGAGGUCCCCCGCCCUCCAGCAGCUCUCACCCUAUCUUGCUCUCCAUCCCGCCAGCACUGGACAGGCGCUCCCUGGAGAGGGCCUUGCAGCUUUACACUGGAGUCUGUCCGCCGUUGCCCAGACCCCACAGGCUCCCAGGGGCUGUUACCCAGGGGGAUUUCAGACUGCCGCGACAGCAGGGUGGGCGCCUUGCAAGAAUCAGUGGAAAGACAGAAGCAUGUUCGGGAAGUUUUCCUCUGAGCCCAGUCUCAAAGGACACAGAAUGGCAAAUAUUUAUUAUCUUAGAUCAUGGAUUUCUGGUAUUCCUCACUCAGGGGGACCAACACACACCCCCAUCCAAAAACCCAUGUCAGGUGAGCUUGGAGUAUGGCGUCUGUAGUCACUGGACCCCUGUUCCGCCCCUCACUGGUGGGUGGGCGCUUCCCAGAGGGCUGCUCCUGAGGUCAGCUGGCAUGGAGGGAGGGUCGCCCGAGCCCCGCAGGCCCCUGCAGUGGGGUGACUUCCCUCUCAGCAGCAGGCUUUGCUCCCCAGGAAACACGGCAGGCCUUUUGUACCGGCUCUUGUUAGUUGUUUGGGGCAUGUUAAGAUAUUUUUAAGCAUUUCUUUUUUUUAGUUGUAUCCACCUGAUUUCAGGUUAUUUUUGUUGAUGUUGAACAUGUAUGUGACAUGUAUAAGGCUCCUUUUAACCAUUUAUGAUUUUCUUAGAGGAAAUGUUGAAGAGGAAACUCCUUGGCAUAUAUAUUUUUUCUUUAGCUAAUCGUUAUCACUGGCAUCAAAGGGAAAAAUGGUCUCUUUUUGCAUUGGUUGUAUUUGUAAGUCACAAAUAAAAGACACUUUGUUCA